UUGGAUCUGAGAGGAAAAAAAAAAAAAAAAGUGGGAGAGGGAGCGAGAGAAAGAAGAGCAGGCAAGAUCCUGAAAGAUCCCGAAAGGAGGAAGAGGUGGCGAAAAAUCUCCUGCCUUGCCGGAUUUGUCUUUCUCAGCACAUCGGCGAAGCCUUGGAUUUCUUUCUUAAAGGACUGAUUUUUAAGAACUCCACAUCUGAGCUCUCUCCUUCCUCCUUGCUGUGGUGACUGGGAUGCUUCUCCUAUGACUCUUUGAAUCUAGACUGGGCUGGUCUCUGUUAAGCCAAUCAAUUGCGACCAUCUCUUAACAGUGUGAAGUGAGGGGGGCUGUCUCCCUCAUUCCUCCUCCCUCUGUGAUCCACCUUCCCUUUUACCCUGCCUUGCUGCGGCUCUGCCCCUUACCAUCAUGGAUGACUCAGAGGUGGAGUCGACCGCCAGCAUCUUGGCCUCUGUGAAGGAACAAGAGGCUCAGUUUGAGAAGCUGACCCGGGCGCUGGAGGAGGAACGGCGCCACGUCUCGGCGCAACUGGAACGCGUCCGGGUCUCACCACAAGAUGCCAACCCACUCAUGGCCAACGGCACCCUCACCCGCCGGCAUCAGAACGGCCGGUUUGUGGGCGAUGCUGACCUUGAGAGACAGAAAUUUUCAGAUCUGAAACUCAACGGACCACAGGACCACAGUCACCUUCUGUACAGUACCAUCCCCAGAAUGCAGGAGCCUGGGCAGAUAGUGGAGACUUACACAGAGGAGGACCCCGAGGGAGCCAUGUCUGUUGUCUCUGUGGAGACCUCUGAUGAUGGGACCACUCGCCGCACAGAGACCACAGUCAAGAAAGUAGUGAAGACUGUGACAACUCGAACAGUACAGCCAGUCCCUGUGGGACCAGACGGGCUGCCUGUGGAUGCCUCCUCAGUUUCAAACAACUACAUCCAGACUCUGGGUCGUGACUUCCGCAAGAAUGGCAAUGGGGGGCCUGGUCCCUACAUGGGGCAGGCAGGCACUGCCACCCUGCCCAGGAACUUCCACUAUCCUCCCGAUGGAUAUGGCCGCCACUAUGAAGAUGGCUAUCCAGGCGGGAGUGACAACUACGGUAGCCUGUCUCGGGUGACCCGCAUUGAUGAGCGGUAUAGGCCCAGCAUGGAGGGCUACCGGGCACCUAGUAGGCAGGAUGUCUACGGACCCCAGCCCCAGGUUCGGGUGGGUGGGAGCAGUGUGGAUCUGCAUCGCUUUCACCCAGAACCUUAUGGGCUCGAGGAUGACCAGCGCAGCAUGGGUUAUGAUGACCUGGAUUAUGGCAUGAUGUCUGACUAUGGCACUGCCCGUCGGACCGGAACACCAUCUGACCCUCGCCGACGCCUCAGGAGUUAUGAAGACAUGAUUGGCGAGGAGGUGCCGCCAGACCAGUACUAUUGGGCUCCUUUGGCCCAGCAUGAACGCGGAAGUUUGGCAAGCCUGGAUAGCCUGCGCAAGGGAGGGGGCCCCCCUUCCAGUUGGAGGCAGCCAGAGCUGCCAGAGGUGAUCGCCAUGUUGGGUUUCCGCCUGGAUGCUGUCAAGUCCAAUGCAGCUGCCUACCUGCAGCACCUGUGCUACCGUAAUGACAAGGUGAAGACCGAUGUGCGGAAGCUAAAGGGCAUCCCAGUGCUGGUGGGGUUGUUAGACCACCCCAAAAAAGAAGUGCACCUGGGAGCCUGUGGAGCACUCAAGAAUAUCUCUUUUGGACGGGACCAAGACAACAAGAUCGCCAUAAAAAACUGUGAUGGUGUUCCUGCCCUGGUGCGAUUGCUCCGAAAGGCUCGUGAUAUGGACCUUACUGAAGUCAUUACUGGAACCCUGUGGAAUCUCUCAUCCCAUGACUCAAUCAAAAUGGAGAUUGUGGACCAUGCGCUGCAUGCCUUGACAGAUGAAGUGAUCAUUCCACAUUCUGGCUGGGAGCGGGAACCCAAUGAGGAUAGUAAGCCUCGCCACAUCGAGUGGGAGUCGGUGCUCACCAACACAGCUGGCUGCCUUAGGAAUGUCAGCUCAGAGAGGAGUGAAGCUCGCAGGAAACUUCGGGAAUGUGACGGUUUAGUUGAUGCCCUCAUUUUCAUUGUGCAGGCUGAGAUUGGGCAGAAGGAUUCAGACAGCAAGCUGGUGGAGAACUGUGUUUGCCUUCUUCGGAACCUAUCAUACCAAGUUCACCGGGAGAUCCCGCAGGCUGAGCGUUAUCAGGAGGCACCCCCAACCAUUGCCAACAAUACUGGGCCACAUGCUGCCAGCUGCUUUGGGGCCAAGAAGGGCAAAGAUGAGUGGUUCUCCAGAGGGAAAAAACCCACGGAGGAUCCAGCAAAUGAUACGGUGGACUUCCCUAAAAGAAGUAGUCCUGCCCGAGGCUAUGAGCUCUUGUUUCAGCCAGAGGUGGUUCGGAUAUACAUCUCACUCUUGAAGGAGAGCAAGACUCCUGCCAUUCUGGAAGCCUCUGCUGGAGCUAUCCAGAACUUGUGUGCUGGACGCUGGACAUAUGGUCGAUACAUCCGCUCUGCUCUGCGUCAAGAGAAGGCUCUUUCUGCCAUAGCUGAUCUCCUGACCAGUGAACAUGAGCGGGUAGUGAAAGCGGCGUCUGGAGCACUGAGAAAUCUGGCUGUGGAUGCUCGUAACAAAGAAUUAAUUGGUAAACAUGCUAUUCCUAACUUGGUAAACAAUCUGCCAGGAGGGCAGCAGAGCGCUUCCCGGAAUUUCUCCGAAGAUACCGUGGUCUCUAUUUUGAAUACCAUCAAUGAGGUUAUUGCUGAGAACUUGGAAGCUGCCAAGAAACUGCGGGAGACACAGGGUAUUGAGAAGCUGGUGCUGAUCAACAAAUCAGGGAACCGCUCAGAGAAAGAGGUCAGAGCAGCCGCCCUCGUGUUACAGACUAUCUGGGGAUAUAAAGAACUACGGAAACCACUGGAAAAGGAAGGGUGGAAGAAAACAGACUUUCAGGUGAAUCUCAACAGUGCUUCUCGGAGCCAGAGCAGUCAUUCCUAUGAUGAUAGUACUCUUCCUCUCAUUGACCGGAACCAAAAAUCAGAUAAAAAACCUGAUCGGGAAGAAAUUCAAAUGAGCAACAUGGGAUCAAACACAAAAUUAUUGGAUAACAACUAUUCCACGCUGAAUGAGAGAGGGGACCACAACAGAACACUGGAUCGAUCCGGGGACCUAGGGGAUAUGGAGCCAUUAAAGGGAGCACCCCUGAUGCAGAAGAUUUAGCGCCACUAUCGCCGCUCCGUCUGAGCUUAUAAUAUAUGUACUUUUAUUUUUUUGGUGGUGAAAUGGACCGAUGAUGAUUUUUCUCUUUCUUCGCUGGACUGUUGUGCCAACUGCCAGGCUGCCUCCUGUCCUCAUAGCCCUAAGGGGCUGCCUUCUCUUCAUCAGCUCCCAGUUUCCUCCAGUGAAGUGUCAUUGACCCCUCACUCCAAGUCCCCGCCAGUUUCUCCCAAAGAGCCUAACCCAGUGAUUUGCAUAGGAUGCCUCAAUCUCUCCUCUGGAGAACCUGCUGCAGACUAGCUCUUUUUGCCACCUCUCCCUGGAACUCUUGACCUCUUGUGGCGGGAGGAAGGGAAGAGUGGAAACCUUUCCUGGAAGUCGCGGCAAGAAUCGGACAUAUGUAGUGUCCAGCAGCCUGAUAAACUGGUGACUGUGAUGCUUUUUCUUUUUUCCCCCUUUCCCUGGUGGAGAAGGGAGUUUAACUUUUUUUUUUUUGAGAAGGGGAGCCAAUUUUUUUGGCUACUUUUGAAGCAAAGCAGGCUGGCAACAUCGGCACAUUCUACCUGGCAAAGGCCCUUGAGUAAGUGAGGGUCCAAGGACUGAGGUUAAGAGACCUUGCUAUCCUCCUCUCCGAGGCAGGGACCAUAACAGAUCAACAGACUCCGUCUCUUCUUCAAGCCUCAUGCCGACCCUAGGCUGCUGCCGCUGCCCCUUACAGAGGCCAUGAGGAGCCCUCUUCUCCCAUCCUGUGAUGUCUGCUGACCUAGCCUGGCCAUUUGCAGGAGGCUCUUGAAGAAGGAGAAUGUGCCAAGAAAGUUUUGGGAGAGAGGGAGCAGAAAGAUGACUUUUGGAGAGAAGAGGAACCUCUAGGAGGAGCUAGUUGGAAUGUACAGGAAGCAAUUAGUCUGAAACUGGCAGGAAGCUUCAAAGCUGGCUUCCCCUCUUGCCCUAUUUCUCCCAAUCCCAAUCUGAUAGCCCUGUUUCCUCCCCUGCUUCCUCCCUGGGGUUGGCCAACUAAAGGACUUGAUGUACAUAACUUCUUGCCCCUUAUAAGGUGGAGAUUACCCCUGGCUUUGCCUCUUCUUUGUGCCUUUGGCCUGGGGUGCAUCUCCUCCUUCCCUUCCAGGUGCCUUUCUUUGCCUCUGCAGUCUCAUUUCUCAUGAUUUUACGAAUUGCAUUUCGUUGACUCUCCUACCCAUCAUUGGCCCUAAACAGCAGAAAGGAGAGGGGUGACCUAGAGAACUUCAGACUCUCUAUCCGGGAUUGGUAUAGCCUCUUAACUUCAGCCACAGCAAGCUUUUGUGCAACCGCUGUUUAAGGUUGGGCUUCUGCAAUAAUCAUCCCAUGCUGAUGAACCUUACAGUGAGACUGGUGGGAGGAGUGAGGGGGGGGUGGGUCUUUUUUCUCAGUUGCCCAGAAUUUCCCAUCAUCUCUGAAGGGAUUAGAGCAAGUUAUCUCCUUCUCCACUAUGCUGCCCCAGCACACUCCCCACUGCAGUGUCGUGUGUAUUAGCAGGUUGGGCUAGAGGAAUCAGCUGCUAUGUGAGUUGAUUAAAAAAAAUUUUUUUUAAGGUUUUUCCUUAUUUGCCUUCUCAUCUGUAAUCUAAAAGUUCAAUCAACUGGAAAUCUCAUCCUUCGCUCUCCCCCUUCCCUUAUAUAUUGAGGCUAUGGGGUAGGAGAAAUGUGCACGGCCCCUCCCCAUUCCCUAUGUAUUACAAUUCCUAGUUGCCCUUUUUUCCCCCUCCCAUAUGGGCCCACUCUCAUCCACCCCUUCUGGCGAGCCGGAGCCGUUUGCUUUCUGUGACCUCAGGAGCACACUGCACAGGGGAAACCGCCCCAUCCAGAUCGGACUCCACUCUUGGUUUCUCUUCUCCUCCUCUCCUCUCCCUGGUGCUCUUUUUCUCAGUGGGGGCGUGGGCAAUAGAACAGUCAUGGGCUUUCGGGGACUUUUAACACCCCCCCCUUUUUUUGUUGUUCAUAGAAACACUAAGCAUUCAAUUCCAGAGAACCAAAAAUCCCACCUUCCCACCGAACACUACUAAGGAGCAUAUCUUCUGCUCUGUACCUUUUCUUUUUCUCUCUUGUUAAUGCUUUUAAAAACAAAUGGAUUUUUUAUAUAAAUAAAGUUUUGAAAGUGUGUAUGUGGGAGGUCUGUGUCAUUUCUUUGCUUUUAGCUCUUCUCCCUGCUGUCCUUUUCAUCUCUAGUUACUUCCCUACGUAUCCAUGUCCCUUUCCUCUCCAGAGCAAACAAGAAGGGGUCUGUGCCAGGGUGGGUUUAGAGUGAGCUCAAUCCCAACUCUCCUGGACAUGAAUGACACGUGAAACAUUCUUAAGAUUCUUGAAAACGAAAUGUGACUGCGGGGGAGAGUAUAAGGAGCUUACUGCUAUCCUAGAGAUGGAUACUUGAAAUUCAGGGCGUUAGGACUUUGCUUAGUCACUGGAGACUGACUAAGGAAGGAGCAACACUUGGCAAAAUAAAUGUUGAAUACAAGCCCGCUGCAAUAUUUAGUCCUUGAGUGGGAGAUUAGAAGCUACCAUCCCCCAACUGCCAUCGCAUAAGUAUGAAAAGGUAGAAUUAAAAGGCCCAUGUAAGUUGGGCCAUGAGGUUGCUCCUCAAGCUAUGCAUCUCCUUCAAUGAGAAGAUGAGGGACAAGCCUACAGCUUCCUUUGGGCCCUACCAAAUGACGUGGACGGAUAGCAGGUACUCGUUGGAUUGCCGGGGAUUGGUUUUACUGCAGAGGCCAAGGAAUAAGCCCGAUGGAACAAACUUCUUUUUCUGGGGCCCAUAUUUCCUAUUAUAUAAUUAAAAAAACAAGAGAAUUUAUGUAAAAUGCUUUCUGUAUGCCAGAAUCUUUAGAUUAAAAUUAUAUAGCUUCUCCUGA